UUACGGUUAGUGUACGGGACCUAGGUCGUCCUGGAACUGUGCUGUGUGUUAGAUAAAGUGUUGUGUGUGAUCAACUGUGCUUGCUGUGCUGUCGACCCGAGGGACCAACACACAUCAAGAAACAUCCAGAAUCAUCCAAACCCGGCGACAUUAACUGCGCAACAGUUUUCAUAGAUCACAUACAAAAUUUCAUACAAAUAAUCAGUGAUGAGUGCUUAGUUGUUGUGUGGUAAAAAACAUCGCAUGGAAUUGCAGUGCGUGGGUUCGAGUCUCCGGUUGAGCAAACAGAAGAAUAGGUCAAGAUGAGCGUGGUAGAUGGCGGGGGGCCGGAGGCGCCGGCCCUCACUGCGCCGGCGACCACGCCUACAACGCCACCACCCACUGCCAUCACCGCCGAUGCCACAGGACAACUCAUACAGGUCCCAGUCGCCCCCCGGAAGCCUCCCCGAAGAGGUCCGAAGGUCCAACAGGAGAGGCCAAAAAGGGCACUGUUCUGUCUCACCUUGAAGAACCCCGUCAGAAAGACAUUCAUCGACAUCGUGGAGUGGAAACCAUUCGAGUACAUGAUUCUCACAACCAUCUUCGCCAACUGCAUCGCCCUAGCUGUCUACACACCAUACCCGGCCAGCGAUUCAAAUUACACCAACUGGGUUCUCGAAAAAAUCGAAUACGUGUUCUUAGUAAUAUUCACGGGGGAGUGCGUCAUGAAGAUCAUUGCUUAUGGGUUUAUCAUGCAUCCUGGCUCCUAUCUCAGAAACGGCUGGAACUUGUUGGAUUUCACGAUUGUUGUCAUCGGAAUGGUCAGCACAGUGUUAUCAAGUAUAUUCAAGGACGCGUUCGAUGUGAAAGCUCUGAGGGCGUUCAGAGUGCUCCGACCGCUCCGUCUCGUCUCCGGCGUGCCAAGUCUCCAGAUCGUAUUGAACUCCAUCCUGAAAGCGAUGGUUCCACUCCUCCACAUCGCGUUACUCGUCAUCUUCGUCAUCAUCAUCUACGCCAUCAUUGGGUUGGAGCUGUUCUCCGGCAAGAUGCAUAAGAGCUGCUACAACAAAUAUACAGAUGAGAUCAUGGACACUCCUCACCCAUGCGACGUCGACAAUGGCUUCAACUGCUCCCAGAUCGGCGAAGAAAUGGAGUGUCGUGAAGGAUGGAUAGGCCCUAACUUCGGCAUCACCAACUUUGAUAACUUCGGCCUUUCUAUGCUGACUGUCUUCCAAUGCAUCACCCUCGAAGGCUGGACUGAUGUCAUGUAUAAUAUACAAGAUGCAAUGGGCAACAGUUGGGAGUGGAUCUACUUCGUGUCGAUGGUCAUCUUGGGCGCAUUCUUUGUCAUGAACCUCAUUCUCGGUGUGUUGUCUGGAGAGUUCUCCAAAGAAAGAGAGAAAGCAAAAAACAGAGGAGAUUUCCAGAAACUUCGAGAGAAACAGCAGCUGGAGGAAGAUCUGAAGGGCUACCUCGACUGGAUCACGCAGGCAGAGUACCUGGAACCACUAGCUGAUCAGCAUGAACACCAUCCACCUGUAGACCAAACCAGGGACUAUGGGAUAGAAUACAUUUCAGGUCAGACGCAGAACGAGCAUGACUCGACAGACCAUCUGGGCAUAGAGACGAACGAACAACAGAAAGUAUCUUUUUGCAAAGCGUGGAAGAAAGACUUUGACAAAGUGAACCGUCGAAUGAAGCGCGCGUGCAGAAAAGCUGUGAAGUCCCAAACUUUUUACUGGCUGAUCAUAGUGCUGGUGUUUCUGAACACAGUGGUACUGGCCAGCGAGCACUAUCAGCAGCCAGAGUGGUUGGAUCUCUUCCAGGAGUACGGCAACGCGUUCUUCGUGGCUCUGUUCACGCUGGAAAUGUUGGUCAAGAUGUACAGUUUAGGUUUACAAGGUUAUUUCGUCUCUCUGUUCAACCGCUUUGACUGCUUCGUUGUCAUCGGCUCCAUCAGCGAGAUGGUGCUCACUAAGACUGAAGUCAUGCCUCCUCUGGGCAUCUCCGUGCUGCGCUGCGUCAGGCUGCUCAGGGUCUUCAAAGUUACCAAAUAUUGGCGCUCACUCUCUAACUUAGUAGCGUCACUCCUGAACUCCAUUCAGUCAAUCGCGUCUCUUCUGUUACUGCUGUUUCUGUUCAUCAUGAUCUUCGCGCUGUUGGGGAUGCAGGUUUUCGGAGGGAAGUUCAACUACGAUCCAGUGGAGGAGAAGGAUCGACACAACUUUGAUUGCUUCUGGCAGGCACUGCUGACUGUGUUUCAGAUCUUAACAGGUGAAGAUUGGAACGCAGUUAUGUAUGAAGGUAUCAAAGCGUAUGGCGGUGUGGGCACACUCGGGAUCCUCGCCUGUAUUUACUUCAUCAUUUUGUUCAUAUGUGGUAACUACAUCCUCCUAAAUGUGUUCUUGGCCAUCGCUGUAGACAACUUAGCUGAUGCAGAAUCACUGACCAACAUAGAAAAGGAUGAGGCAGCACCAGAAGAGAAAGAAGGUGGGAGUGUGGUAGCGGCUGAAGGAGUUCAUAUAGAUACUGAUGACGAGUACAUUCAUGAUGACGACGUGUAUACUUCGGAUAACUCUGAAAGAGAAUACGAAGAAACAGGGUCAGAAGGAGAGCAACAAGAUGAGAUGGAAGGAGAAAUAGAGGAGAUCAUUGAUGAAGAAAACGAAGGCAAUGAAAGAACCGAAGAGGAACAGGAGCGAGAAGACCAGGAGAUGAUGGAAGGGCAUCAAAGAAAUCAUAUAGAUGGCGGCCAAUCUGAAGAAGAGGGAACACUGGUAACAGCCAGACCACGGCGAGUGUCAGAACUGAAUAUGCCAAAUCAGACGCCGCCUAUACCCAACGCUAGUAGUUUCUUCAUAUUCUCACCGACGAACAGGUUCCGAGUGUUUUGCUACAAGAUGUCAUCAUCUUCCACCUUUGGGAACAUCAUUCUGGUCUGCAUCAUGCUGUCUUCCGCCAUGUUGGCAGCUGAAGAUCCUUUGGAUGCUGCACAAAAAGGAUUUCGAAAUUGGUUGCUAAGUCAAUUCGACGUGUUCUUCACUGGUAUCUUCACGCUGGAGCUGUUCCUGAAGCUGGUCACGUACGGGCUGCUCCUCCACGAGGGUGCCUUCUUGCGGUCCGCCUUCAACGUGCUUGAUAUGCUCGUCGUCUGCGUCUCGCUUGUCUCUAUGAGCUUUAAGUCGGGUAGUAUAUCGGUGGUGAAAAUAUUGCGAGUGUUUAGGGUGCUGAGGCCCUUAAGGGCUAUUAACAGGGCCAAGGGCCUUAAGUACGUGGUCAAGUGUGUGAUAGUAGCCAUUAAGACUAUAGGAAAUAUUAUGCUAGUUACGUAUUUAUUACAAUUUAUGUUCGCUGUGGUCGGUGUACAGUUGUUUAAGGGCAAAUUUUUUAGAUGUAAUGAUAUUUCAAAAAUGACAAAGGAUGAAUGUCAAGGAACGUAUUUAGUGUUUGAGAAUCGCAACUAUUUGGUGCGGGACAGAGAGUGGACGCGGUAUGACUUCCAUUUUGAUAACGUCAUGAAGGGCAUGCUCACACUAUUCACUGUGUCUACGUUUGAAGGAUGGCCAGGGUUGUUGUACGUCUCUAUAGAUUCGAAUGCUGAAGAUCGAGGUCCCAUCACCAACUUCCGUCCAAUCGUUGCAGCCUAUUAUAUUAUUUACAUUAUUAUUAUUGCCUUCUUUAUGGUAAAUAUAUUCGUCGGUUUCGUCAUAGUGACGUUCCAAAACGAGGGUGAGCAGGAAUACAAAAAUUGUGAAUUAGAUAAAAACCAGAGAAACUGCAUAGAGUUUGCGCUGAAAGCUAAACCCAUAAGAAGAUACAUACCAAAGCACAGAAUACAGUACAAAGUAUGGUGGUUUGUGACGUCACAGCCGUUCGAGUACGCCAUCUUCGUGCUGAUCAUGAUCAACACCAUCACCCUCGCCAUGAAGUACCACAACCAGCCCCAUGAGUACAGCAAGGCUCUCGACUUGUUGAAUAUGCUAUUCACCGCUGUCUUUGCCUUGGAGUUCAUUUUCAAACUUGCUGCUUUUAGAUUUAAGAACUACUUCGGUGACGCUUGGAAUACCUUCGACUUCAUCAUCGUCCUGGGCAGCAUCAUUGACAUCGUUGUCUCCCAAGUAAACGAACUCAAGAACCAGGGAAGUGGCAUAACUAGGACACACGUUGUUAAGGAAAGUUCAAUACCCUCGAUAAACUUCUUCCGUCUCUUCCGUGUCAUGAGGCUGGUGAAGCUUCUAUCCAGGGGUGAGGGUAUCAGGACUCUUCUCUGGACCUUCAUCAAGUCGUUCCAAGCACUGCCCUACGUUGCCCUGCUGAUUCUCAUGCUGUUCUUCAUUUAUGCUGUCGUUGGGAUGCAGGUAUUCGGAAAAAUAGCGAUAGACGAUGACUCACCGAUCACAAGGAACAAUCACUUCCAGACAUUCCCGCAAGCACUUCUUGUGUUGUUUCGUUCUGCAACUGGUGAAGCCUGGCAAGACAUCAUGAUGGGCGUCUCCCCGGAGCCAGAAGUAAAGUGCGAUAAGAACUAUCACGAAGAAGGAGAUGUGGAGAUAGAGGACAGCGGGGGAACAUGUGGCAGUGUGCUCGCAUUCCCAUACUUUAUUAGUUUUUACGUUCUUUGUUCGUUUUUGAUCAUCAAUUUAUUUGUGGCUGUCAUUAUGGAUAAUUUCGACUAUUUAACCAGAGACUGGUCAAUAUUGGGACCACACCACUUAGAUGAAUUUAUAAGGUUAUGGAGUGAAUAUGACCCUGACGCCAAGGGUAGAAUAAAACAUUUAGAUGUAGUUACUUUGUUAAGAAAAAUUAGUCCACCUUUAGGUUUUGGCAAGCUAUGUCCGCAUCGCGUGGCAUGCAAACGCCUCGUGUCUAUGAACAUGCCGCUAAACUCGGACGGCACGGUGCUCUUCAACGCCACGCUGUUUGCCGUCGUUAGAACAUCGCUCAAGAUCAAAACUGAAGGCAACAUAGACGACUGCAACACAGAACUCAGGGCUGUCAUCAAAAAGAUUUGGAAGAGAACAUCUCCUAAAUUACUAGACCAAGUAGUUCCACCGCCUGGCGACCCUAACGAGAUCACUGUUGGCAAGUUCUAUGCGACCUUCCUCAUUCAAGAUUACUUCAGAAGGUUCAAAAAGAGAAAGGAGCAGGAAAUGCGGCAGAGUGAUGAGCAGACGCACCACCAGAUGACGCUGCAGGCGGGCUUGAGGACCUUGCACGAGGCAGGCCCGGAGCUGAAGAGAGCGAUAUCAGGGAACCUGGAUGAUAUUUCUGCGGAAUGCGAUGUGCCUAUGCAUAGGAGGAACCACUCCUUAUUCGGGGGUGUCUGGUCAAGUAUACGAAGACAUGGACCGAACAGACACUUCCAUAGACAUCGGAAACAUGGCGAGCCUCCCACAGAUGGAGGAGGUGGUGGCGCUGCUGGUGUCGGUAACCAUUUGAGUUCAAUGAUGCAAAGAGAGUAUGGAGUUGGACCACUGCCUCUUACACCUAACUUAGCAAAUGGACAGCCAAAAGAACAAAUACCACUAAGGCCGUUGAUAUUCAACGGAGAGUCGGAGAAAAUUUACCAAGUGCUAGACAAUCAAAAGUCCAACUACCCGGAGAUGCUCGGCCAGAUCGGGCUGGCCUUCGGCUGCGUCAACUAUCUGUCGACGCCGAGCGAGGGCCUGACCGCGUCGAAACCGACCGCCACGGUUUCAAGGCAAAAAGUUCACCCCGAAGACUCGACGUCUUCAAGGGAGAAACUGUCAAUACCGAGGAUGGCGUCAAUGGAAGACAAAACGCCAUCUCCGAACGCGUUUGAGCAAAUACAGCCGAAGAUAUCGCCACUGCUGGCGAGCGAGUGUACGCCGACGACCGAGUCGCGGACUAUGACGUUGUACGGGUACAAUGCGGCCGCGAAGCUGCCGUUCGCGUUCUCGCACGCCAAGGAGCGCGUGAGCCGGGGCGGGGAGCGGCGCAGCCUGCGCGCCAUCAAGCCGGCGCUGUGCGGAGCAGGAGGAGAUAGUUUUGGGCGUGGGGUGGUGUCGCUGCCCGGCAGUCCGAGAGGAAACAACUCUUCGGCACCUGUCGUGGUGGGGUCCGCAGAGAGCCUGGUUACAAGAGUUCUAACCGAGCAAGGUCUAGGUGACUACUGUGACCCAGAGUUCGUGCGGAAUACUUCUCGUGAGAUGCAGGAGGCACUAGAAAUGACACAGGAGCAGAUGGACAGAGCUGCGCAUCAGCUGAUGAUCAACGAGAAGAACAUAAAACAAGCUCAAAGCCAACAACCCCAAGUUGGUAACAUUUGGGUUAUAGGGCGACAUCCUUGCCCGUCAGUACCACCCGUUCCACCAGCCGGCGACGAUGCCGCCGCCGGUGUUCAAGCGGUUAUAGCACCCGCCCCCAGCCAGCGCGCGCCCACGCAUGUCGCCACCGGCCCGUGCGGCGCGCGCGACCACACACGUCAGACACACCAUAGGAAAAAAAGAAAACGCAAACCAGUACUGGUUUAG